GCAAGUUUUUAGCACGCGGUCCUUCACACGUUUAUGACGCCGCUUCUUGACACUACGCUCUACCGUCGUUUGAAAGCUCAGGUUUCCUGUCGCUUCUCAAUUGCAGCGAGACGGUUAACAAUCUCAUUUGACCGCAUCAAGAAGUGAGACACCCUUUUCCGUUCUCAUUUUGGUUGCUCUUUCUCGCCCAUAAAUGAAAGUGAAGGCAAAGAUGACCCGCUACAAUCAGCUUUCAGCCAUCAGUCUUCAGAGGUGACCGGGAAAAAGACGGGGACCGUCACUUAGGAAUACAAUCAUGAAGACAGCUAUCCUCGUCGUUGCUAUUGUUGCCUGCAACGCCCAAGACAUUGUGAAUCAAGUAACGUGUACCAACGGGCAAGAGCCGACGGAUGGAGAUUUGCUUCUCGACAAGGCCAUGAAGAAAUACUUCAUGUCAGAACGGUUCAAAGACAUAUCUAUAGCGGACUUCAAUUAUACAGUCCGUGUGGCCAUGUGGAACUACCACGUGGAGUUUUACAACGUCACCAUCUCGGGCUUGUCUGAAGUUGAGAGAUUGGGCAGCAACUACAUAGAAGCCGAAGAAAACAAACCUAUGCGAAUUCGUGUAGCUUUGAAGCUGGAAGGACUGAACAUUUCCAUCGCCGCACGAACAAAAAGGUUCCUUGGGUACACGUACAUGGAAGCUGACGUCCGCGCACCUGUGAUUACGCUCGUCGCUGAAAUACAAGAGGCCAACAACACGCUCAUGUUGCAGCGGCUCGAGAUGAACAAUACCAAGGAAUUACAGGUUCAGUUUCGCUUCCUCAGUCCAAUACUGCGAAUACUGAACAGCGUGAAAACGUUUCAGCGAUACAUUAACAAGAAGGUAAAUGAGCGGCUCGAAGAUCAAUUAUUUUUUGCCGUCGACGACGCCGUCCAGGCGUUGGCACGACGGCAUACCAGCAAAAGUAAGUACCAAUCUUUACACUUUUCAAAUCGAAACAUGGACAGUGUUGCACUGCUCAUAAGCCUUGCGUCGCUCUGA